UAUUAAAAAAAAAAAUCUAAAAACGAAAAAAUCCUAUCCCCUUCCUCUCCGCCGCCGGCGAGGUGAGCCACGGUUGGUUCCAUAUGCCUCCUCCGCUAUCCCCUUCCUCUCCGCGGCCGGUGAGCUAGCUAGCCGCGUGCCUUCUCCCUGUCGGUCCUGUAGCCGCGCCGAUCGCUGGACGUAUCCGAUCCGGUUACGCCCGCGGGAUGCCGAUUACGAUUAUAUAUGAGCCCAAAACAAACCCUACCUCUCUGGCUCUCUCUCCAUAGUUCAUCGACAGGUAGAGGAGAAGUCCUGUGGACGGAAUCUGUUCGCGGCGCCGCGUGUCGCCAGGUCGCGUCGGCCUACACUGCGAUUAAUUCAACGCUGAAAGGCGAGAUGAAUUCCAAGAAAAGCAAGUGCACGUGUACUCUAACUGAUGAUCUUGUAGUCGAUAUCCUAUCUCGGUUGCCUUUGAAGUCAGUUUGCUGCUUCAAGUGUGUCUGCAAGUCCUGGGCAUCACUCUUCUCAGAUCAAUACUUUUGCACGAAGCUGCCCAGAAGGCCUGCAGGUCUUUUGUACCAAGACAGUAAUAACAGUUCGAUCCAGAUUGCAAAGUUACCCUCAGGCAACAGUGAAAUCGGCACAUCUCUUAGCUUUAUGCCACACCAUGAGAAUCUAAAACUUGUAGAUUGCUCCAAUGGUUUAAUCCUUUUUACACAUGGGAGUAAAUCUGAUUCACCCGAUUCUUCUCACUUCAUUGUGUGCAACCCAGCAACACAAGAGUGGAUUGCACUUCCUGACACAUGCCCUAGAGUAAAUGGAUCUGAUUAUAUUGCUAUGUUGGCCUUCAAUCCAUCAUCGUCCUGUCAUUUUUUUGUCUUUAACUUCCAGAAGAGGAGAUCCCCACACUCAGGGGUUUUUGUCAUCACUGAAGUUGAGAUAUUUUCCUCUGAGGAUUUCACUUGGAUUGCCGAUGAUGCAUUUGAAACUGAAAUUAUGAUGAUUUCAAUGCCACAUGUCCUACUUCAUGGUGUUCUGUAUCUACGGACUGUAGAACAUAGUGUUUUUGCAAUUGAAACACCACACAUGUAUAAACCAUGGAUACAUCGUUGGACCUUUGAGCUUCCUGGGGAUUCAUGUCCCAUGAACAACUAUAUAUGGGGCUGCCUCGGCGAAUCGUCCGGCAUCUUACACUAUAUGCAGCCAAACUAUGAUGGCUGCUGGCUUAAUGUCUGGAGGCUUGAAAGUCGUCAUCAACAGUGGAGCAUGACGCACUCUCUUAGCAUGAUCGAUGCCUUUGGAAGGGGUACCCUUGUUCAUGGUGAUCCCUUUAGUGUUGAUUGGUCUGCAGAUUAUGGCAUGCUGUCUUUUGACCUCGAGAGAGAGAUUGUUUUCCUUCAUGACCGUGUAUCAAGCAAAGUGCUUUCAUACAGCAUACGUACUGGAAAACUCUGUGAGAUGGGAGAUCUCCCUAGAAAUUCUUUGUAUUAUGUUCCAUACUGGCGCAAGUUUCCAGUUGUAGAGGAAGACCAAUACUGGUUAUGACUUGUGACAGAAAUUAUCCUGGCGCAAGUUUCCAGUUGUAGAGGAAGACCAAUACUGGUGACUUGUGACCGAAAUUAUCCUGUGAAUGUUUUACUAUAUAAGUGUAUACUAUGUGCUGUAGUGCUGCUGUGUUAUGUUAUCGAUACCUGUCUUGGUAUCUUAUUCCUAUGGCAGUGCCAAGUGCCAACUACUUAGCCCCUCCUGUACUCUCUGAUGAUGCACAUGAGCUUUUGGAGAUCAGAUUGGAAAUCUGGAUUAGUAUG